AUGAAUCAAGAUUAUGAGAUGUCCUUGGAUCAAAUUAAUGCCAUUGUUGGGGCCCCAACUGAAAACACAUUUGGCUCCACUGACCCAAUUAAAGGAUACUUUGAUUUGACAUGGUGGACCCAACUUCCCCAUUUACACCCAUACAUCUCUAACGCAGCUAAUGCCUCAUCACUUAUCUAUCCCGUGAUGAAGGUGGCCCAUAGAAUCAUUGCUUCGCUCGUCGCCCCUAGAGAGGAGCGAAGCACCAUCAGCGCGCUAGAGCUCAAAAUCCUUUAUGCAAUGGCUCAUCCCGAGGACAACCUCGUUCCUCAUUAUGGUCAAUUUUUGUACCACAAACUCCUCCGCUUGAGCACAUCCCGAUCGGGAAAGAUUUAUUGCGGGGGUAUUGUCAGCAUGCUCGCCAUGAGCGCCCAAGUUCGAGCCCCAUACCCCGGUCCCCACCAGCCACUACCGGGUGAGCCUUAUCUCACAACUGUUGUCCUUGAGUCCAUGCGACUAUUCCGUUCGGCAGCGGAUGGCACACACCACUGGACCGUGGGUCAAAAUCAUGAUCCAAAGCUCCUCAUCACACCCGAAAACAAAGGUAUUAUUGAUCUCUGA